GUGUGACACCGCGCUGUCAAAACCAGGAAGUCAAAGAUGUAAAGUGCUACAAUGCGCGCGGCAUCUUCUUUUAUUGAGUCGUUUCCAUACCUUUUAGCUUUAAUAAGCCAUUAACAGAGAGCAGCUGGACGUGUUGUUUGUUUUAUUCGCACACGGCAUGCUUACCAGACCAUCAUUAAACAAAGGAAAUCCAGACACAAGUUUUACUAAUGCUCAUGAUUAGUCCCAAAAUGGCAUCGGGGGUGCAAGAGAAACAGUACACACCAUGUCUUCUGAGUUUUUUCAUUUAUAACCCUACAUUUGGACCACGAGAAGGAGAGGAAGAGAAAAAGAUUCUGUUUUACCACCCAAGUGAAGUUGAGAAGAAUGAAAAGAUUCGAAAUGUGGGUCUUUGUGAAGCCAUCGUACAGUUCACCAGGACAUUCUGUCCAACAAAACCAGCAAAAUCUCUGCACACGCAGAAGAACCGGCAGUUUUUCUUUGAGCCUGAGGAAAAUUUCUGGAUUGUCAUGGUGGUCCGAAACCCGAUUAUUGAGAAACCAAACAAAGACGGUAAACCUCCCACAGCUGAGUACCAGGAAGAGGAAAUGCUUGACACAGUUUAUGGUGCAGUGGUAAAGCAGUGUUACAGCAUGUACAAGCUCUUUAAUGGCACGUUUAGUCGAGCGAUGGAAGCCGGAGGAGUCGAGMUGCUCAUCCAGAAGCUUGAAAAGUUCUUCUACAGGUAUCUGCAGACCCUCCACCUGCAGUCAUGCGACCUGCUGGACGUCUUCGGAGGCAUCAGCUUCUUCCCUCUGGACAAGAUGACCUACCUGAAGAUUCAGUCKUUUGUCAACAGAGUGGAGGAGAGCCUCAGCCUGAUCAAAUACACAGCCUUCCUCUACAAYGACCAGCUCAUAUGGAGUGGGCUGGAACAGGACGACAUGAGAAUCCUGUACAAGUAUCUGACCACCUCGCUGUUCCCCAGGCACUCAGAACCAGAGUUGGCYGGCAGAGACUCUCCUCUGAGGCCAGAAGUUGCAGGAAAUUUGUUACACUAUGGAAGGUUUUUAACUGGACCCACGAACCUCAAAGACCCAGAGGCCAAGUUCAGAUUUCCAAAAAUAUUCGUCACAACCCACGGCGGCUACGAGGAGCUGCAUCUGGUUGUGUACAAGGCUAUGAGUGCUGCUGCCUGUUUUAUGAUCAGUGCUUCUGUAGAGCUGACACGAGAGUUCUGCGAGCAGCUGGACAGCUUGGUGGGCCCUCAGCUCACACUGCUGGCAUCAGAUAUAUGUGAACAGUUCACCAUUAACCGCAGGAUAUCUGGGCCAGAGAAGGAGCCCCAGUUUAAGUUCAUCUACUUUAACCACAUGAACCUGGCAGAGAAGAGCACCAUUCAUAUGAGGAAAACCGCCACCGUUUCUCUCACUUCGGUCCAGUCUGACCUCAUGAAGAUUCUGGGAGACAUCAACUGUGACUUUGCGAGGGUUGAUGAAGAUGAGGAAAUCAUCGUAAAAGCUAUGACAGACUACUGGGUAGUCGGAAAGAAGUCUGAUCAGAGAGAACUGUACGUGAUCCUAAAUCAAAAGAACGCCAACCUGAUUGAAGUUAAYGAGGAAGUUAAAAGGCUUUGUGCGACACAGUUUAACAACAUAUUCUUCUUGGACUGAACACAGACGGAGACUGUUUGACACUAAAAAAAAAAACUGUCAGCAUUGCAGGAUUUCGGUGACAGCAUCAGCGUAAUGCAAUAAUUGCAUUGUAAAAUAAUACUAUUAAAAAUCUUUCUCACCAAGUUUUUUUUUCAUUUAACCCACUUAUUGUAAUUAUUUUCCUGUAAUUAUCUAUAAAAUACAUUUUGCUUGUAUGUACUGCAUUUCCCAUUUUAGUUUUGUUCUGUGUUUUUUUAAUGUUAUCACAGUGUCUCAGUUUAAUUUAAAAAUGUGUAGCAGAGAAUUUUCCUGUUUUAUUUGAUGAUCAGUGAGCUUUAAGAUGUCAACAUGUCAGAUAUAUUGUAGUUUGCAAACAACCGCACUAAGCUUAACUCAAGAAUUUGUUUUUCUUUGUGUCCAAAAAUAUAUAUUUUAAUAAGAUGUUCAGUUUUGAAACAGAUGGUUUUGAAAAAUCAAUGCAAACUGAUUUUUGUCACUGAAAUUGUUCUACAUUUACUGAUUACAGGAACUAAUAUUUUUACAUAAAAGGUGUCAUCACUCAGUUUGCAAUAUCCAUAGACAGUUUAUGUUUUGUUAUGAUUAAAAAACUUACAUAUGGUAUUGAGCUAUCUUUUCUGAAUAUCCUAAUUUAGCAACUUGAUUCGGUCAUAAAACAAAAGCAGAUUUAUUCUGAGCCAUUAUUCUGAUCUGAAUAAGACCCAGUCAGGAGUCACCUGAUCCCAAAUGUUUUUUUUAACAAUUAAAAGUUAUUAUACUUAAUGCAUGUUUCAUCCCAUUUUUUAGACCUUUUUCUUUGUAGUAUUUAUAUAGGGUAUUAUUAGUAUAACUAAGCCUACAAACUAAAAUCUAAUUUUGAAGUUAAAUUUUGUUCAUAUUAGUGGUUACGUUUUACCUGUUGCAAAUAAUGUAAUCCUCAACCUGAAUUGAUAAUUUGACAGCUUUAUUUUCUAAUCCUGGAUAAUCCACUUUUAUGAAAUAACAUCUACUGUUGAUUAUGUUUGUGAGAUUGUUUUCUAUAAUGUCUCAUUUUUUCCUGUUUCAGCUCAAGCAAAACAUUCACAACCAAACAACGCAUUUAUUUACAUCUAGGGUGUGUUUAGAUUUAUCAAACGUUUUGAACUAGGUAACAGGACGAAUUUACAUAAUAAAUGACAUUUAAAACA